CUAAACCUCAAGUUUUGUUCUGAGAACAUCUCAGUAUGACUCAGUCUUACAGGAAAUGACAGAUAGGAUUUCCACACUUGAAGCACACGUCUGUUUCCCCACAGGGUACAGAGUGUCUGUCCGAGGCUUAACAUCUUUAACACCACCAGGACACCAAAUCAGACACCAAACUGCUGCACUCCAAAUCCUUUAACUCCUCUGAUUUUCUGAUCGACUCCAAGGUUGGUUUUUUUUUCAGCUGAGUUUUGCCUCUGCGUGCUCGUCUAUCUUAUCUUCUGUCACUGUGGUCAGCUAACAGCGCCUUAAAGUUCCUGAGCAACUGCUUUUUUUACCCGCAUGACACACAGCUUCAAAUCUUAGACAGAAGUGUGAUCCGAGGCUGACAUGCGAGGAGCAUCUGUUUACAGAACUGAGCACUUCCUGCUACUUUAACACCAGGACAUGCAGAGCAAACAUGCUCCGCACAGCAACACCUGAGCUCCCCUCAGCUUUCAGACUGCGAGCAGUGCUACAGUCAGUGGAUGUUCUCCCAGAGGCUGAGAUGAGCUGAACUCUACUUUUAUCCUCACAUCCAUCAAGCAAGGUCUUUUUUGAAGUAACAAUGUUGCUGCUCAGCAUGAAGAUGUACCUGGCGCUGCUGUGGGGAAUAUCUGCUUUGUUUUCUACUGAGUCCAUGAGCGUUUCCAGUCCAGCGACCAGCAGCAUUCCCUCAGCCUCAACUGCCGAGCGGCUGAUCGGUGAAGAUGUGGUUCAUACUGAAACUACAGCCUGGCAUAAAACAGACAAACCUGCAGAGGCUGGUUCUGCCGCAGCAGAGACCACAGCUACACCCGCAGCAGAAAGAGAAGAGGUGUUCGUCACUCACAGGAACGACAGCCCAAAUGGCAUGACGACAACUUUGGCUGCCACAACAGCAAGCAACUCAGCUUCACAGCAGCUUCAUACCUCAGCAGCAGCGUCCACGGCUGCAGGUGAAGCACAGCGUUCCUCUGACACAACAAUCCCAGAAACAGUAAAACCUACAAAGGAUCGGUUACAUCAGCAUACACCCGCCACUUUGAUUGACGUGACCCCAUCUGCGGCACCUCCAGCUACAGAUUCUGUGUCUUCGCCGCAGCCUACCUCCGCCAGUGAGCCCGAAGUUGCAUCCAGUUUAUCUUCCACCACCUCUCCUGCUGAUUCUGUGUCGACUUCUACCUUCAUCCAGAACCUCAGAAGUCCCUCAGCUUCUACAUCCAGAAUGACAGCGAACCCUACCUCUGAGGCAGCAACUGUGUCCGACACCACAUAUUCUUCUAGCUCAAAAAGUGAGACAUCCACCACCAGAGCUGAGCUUUCAUCGACGCCCCAGCCUGCUUCUAUGACGAGAAUCUCCACGUCUGGCGCGGUAGGGGAGAGCUCGACCACCGAGGCUUCCACUGUCUUGGCCUCAACUAGUUCUACUGCUGAGUCUUCCACGAUUUCGUUCACAACUGAUUCUGCCAACAGCACCACUGAAGCAGUGUCCAAUAGUACCGCGGGAGUCUUCAUCCAUCAUGUGCCCAAGAGGUUACCGAUACCAACGACAAAAUCAACUCCACCAGUGCCCCGUGAAACCUCAAAGAGCCCGCCGCGCACUGACGUCCAACCCUGCUCAACCCGGGCUUUGGUGACCCAAUCCCUCAUCGCCAUCGCCUGCCUGGCUGUGUUGGCCACCAUCUUCAUGGUGACUACCAUCGUCCUCUGCACCAAGCUGUCGUCGAGGAAGUACAGGGUCAAGAAACCUCAGCAGGCCACUGAGAUGAUGUGCAUCUCGGCCCUGCUGCCUGAAAGUGAUUACAGUUACAUGAGGCGACGCAAUCCAGUGCCCAACGGAAUCCUGGUGAUGCACCAUGGUGGAGACAGUGAUGAGGAUGGAGGGGAUAACCUCACUCUCAGCAGCUUCCUACCUGAAAAUGACCGUUAUGUUUAGAUAGAAACAUUGUUAUUGUCUCGUUCAUGCUUUCGUCAGACCUCAGAUGGGACUGAUCUGUCUGAUGUCAGCAGAGGUGUAGAUCAGAGUCACAGCACUUGGACUCAAGUCAGUUUUAUGUCAUGACUUUAGACUCAACUUGACAAAAUCAAAAAAGACUUCAGUGACUUGAGCCGUGACUUCACUGUAACAUGGCCUCGCUAAAAUGGCAUUACAUUUGGUGAAGAGGAAAUAAUGACUUGUUUAGCACUUGAAGCUCAGUGUUUAGGACUUGGGACUUGCCUUUCUUGACUCGUGACUAAUAAAACAAUGACUUGGUCCCACCUCUGGAUGUCGACAAUGUGGAAACAGUUGCUGUUUGAAUAAACUUGUACUUCCCCUUUGAUGUCAGUGGUUUGGCUUCGCUGCACACCCUAAUCCUGUGGAGGAAGAGACAGAAACCACAAACCUACACAUCAACAGUUUCUGCAGCAUGUUUAUGUGCUAUUAAAUGUAUCUGGCAUUUGGGGAGGUCAUCAAAUGUGUGUUUUUCGUCGAGAGUCGAGACUUUUUGCAUAAUAUUGCGCUUGCCCUCCCCUGGGGACGUUAAGCCAGGAUGGGGCGAGUGAUCAAAGGUGUCUUUUUUUUUGAAAACAUCCUGAGCUGAGCCCUGAUGGUGUUUCACUUAGCAACAGGAGACAGGAAGUCUUUUUUUUGUCAAAGGAUUACUGUUCGUCACAGGCACUGUUCAGUUUACUGCUGGUGUUCUGGUGGCAGUGAGGCUCAUUGUAUAAACGCUGUGAUUUGAUACAUGGUAAACUUUAUGUGGCUGUCUAUAUUGGCGUUUAUAUAGACGCUUUCUGUGUUGAGCUUAAUUUAUUAAACUAACGUCUUGUUUAACAGGUUGGCAAUGCUUUAUUUUACAGGUCUGUUGUUGUUUAGUAGUUACUGGAAAAAAGUUCAGUUUAGCCUAGCUUUACUAUUUGAUGAGUUAUGGUUCCAAAAAUGUUGACUUUUCUUAGAAAAAGUACCUUUUAACACAUAACUAGAGUUACAUUUUUCACCAUACAUUGAGCAUAACUACAACUGUACCAUGAUAAUUUAUAUAUUGCAAGACGAUGAUCUAUGAUACAUCACGACGUCUGUGACAACUAAAAAAGCAUUUAAGAAGUUGUUUAUUUCAAGAGCCUGUGUGUGAGUCAUGAGUUUUAAAUCAGGGACUUUGUAUGAACUGUUUUUAAUGUGUAAUGUGUUCUGGGCUAAAUGUCUGUGUCAGUAACUGCUGGUAUAUUUUCAUGUUGCUAUCUUUAUAGAGGAAUUACCUGGCUGACAUUACUGACAUAUUCAACUUAAGAAGUAAACGAUCCCCUAAAAACA